UAAGGCAAUGGCUUCUUCAUUUCGCAGGGUGAAGAAGAAAACUCAAGAAAAAUGGCACAAACGCUGGCAAUGCCCGUUGCACCCUCUCUCGCCGCAAUCAGCAACGGCCACCACCACUUCUCCAGCAGAGUUUCCCUUCCUGUUGCCAACACUCCCAAGGUUCAGGGGUUGAGCAUCAAAUCGGUUCGUGUUGGCGGUGUUGAGAUUCCAAACAAUAAGCGAAUUGAAUUCUCAUUGCAGUAUAUUCAUGGAGUUGGGAGGGUCAGAGCGCGGAAGAUCCUCUGUGACCUCAACAUGGAUAACAAAAUCACCAAGGAGCUUUCUGAGGAGGAGCUCAUCACUCUCAGGGAUGAAGUUUCCAAAUACAUGAUUGAAGGAGACUUGCGACGGUUCAACGCGACUAAUAUAAAGAGAUUGAAGGAUAUCCAGUGUUACAGAGGCAUAAGGCACAUUCAGGGGCUUCCUUGCAGAGGACAGCGUACUAAGAACAAUUGCAGGACCUUGAAGGGUAAGAAGGUUGCCAUUGCUGGCAAGAAGAAGAAGUAAAUAGCUUUUUUGAGUUUUUAAAUCAUUUGUGUAUGAAAAAAUCAAAACAAUCAAUGUUCACAAUGUGUCAAAUGCUUUGAUUAAAUCUGUUGUAAUUUAUCUGUUUUUGAAGUUCAACUGAAGCUUCUUAGCAA